AUGAGGUACCCGUACAGAAGGGAAAUGUCUGGGGAAAUAAUAGGUCUGCUCGGAAAAUGAAAGGAUGGUGCGUGUUCGAACUAAACGAAUCCAGAGACGCAGGGGACAUCAAAAUGGACCUCAUCUUUAACAAACCCACUAGAAAUCUUCAGAUAUGGAUAAUGAAUAUCGAUAAAACACUGAAUAGGGGACGGGCAUAUGAAUUAUCUAGCAAAUAUCCAUAUUCCAAUACGAUGCUGAAAGUUGAAUUCAUUUUGACAUAUAGAGGUGGCAAGAAAAAGUUUCCAAGAGGAAGAUGCAUUAGUAACAUAACGCCACCUUCUACAACAACACAAAUGCCCACUACGCAUGCGUCAGUGACACCACAAGCAAGUACCACGUCAGUGACCCAACAACCCACCACAACGUCAGAACCACGAUUCUCCACCACAACAAUACGGGAGUCAUUUCCUGACGUCAUACCGAUAUCUGUGGAGGGACAACACUGGAGCGUUGGAAAUGGCUAUAGAAUGACCGGAGUCUGUAUAUUCCAGAUUAAGCCAGUCCUUAACUCCUAUAACAUCAUGGUGGAAUUUGAUAAAGAAACUUAUGACAUGACGGAGUGGACAAUGGAUAUCGAAGAUCAACAGUCAAAUGGGCUAUGGUAUUACUUGAAAAGCAGAUGGCCUGAGAGGCAAAAAGAAAUCAGAUUGCGGUUUCAAGUUGACUUUGAUUCUCUUCCUGUGCCAUCUGGAACAUGUACAAUUGAUAGAAAUGGUCAAACUCUGACACCCAAACUUUCAACUGCAAUGCCAACACCAACCACCAAAGCACCCACUCAGCAACCUUCGACUGCAGCACCAACACAACAACCUUCGACCGCAGCGCCCACACAGCGACCUUCAACUGCAGCACCAACACAGCAACCUUCAACUGCAGCGCCAACACAGAAACCUUCAACCGCUGCGCCAACACAACAACCUUCAACCGCAGCGCCAACACAACAACCUUCAACUGCAGCACCAACACAGCAACCUUCAACCGCAGCGCCAACACAACAACCUUCAACUGCUGCGCCAACACAACAACCUUCAACCGCUGCGCCAACACAACAACCAUCUACUACUCAAGCACCUACAGGUGCCCCGGUAAAUACAGCACAUGACUAUGGCUUCAUUCUCCGUGAAUCUAUUUUAUUCUACGAAGCCCAACAGGCUGGUUAUCUGACAAAUAACAGGGUUUCUUGGAGGAAAAAUGCUACCACGUUAGACAGAGGUAUUUACGGAGAAGACUUAACCGGGGGAUGGUAUGAUGCUGGUGAUCUUGUGAACUUUAACCUCCCUAUGGCGGGUUCCACUACAAAUCUUGCCCUUGGUUUAUUUUACUGGAAAGACGCCUAUCAACAAGCCGGGGAGCUUGAUAAUAUGUACAACUCAAUCAAAUGGCCUUUGGACUACUUUCUGAAAUGUUGGAAUCCUAACAAACAAGUUUAUUAUGCACAGGUUGGUAAUGGUGAACAGGAUCAUUCUCUCUGGAGACGAGCAGAAGACAUAACCACCGCCAGACCCGUCUAUUAUUUGGAUAGCAACAAAAAAGGAAGUGACGUUGUAGGAGAGACGGUAGCAGCUAUGGCCGCUGGGGCUAUGGUCUUUAAAGAUAAAGAUGCAGCAUAUUCCCAAAAACUUCAAUCCAGUGCCGAGAGUUUGUACAGUUUCUCCAAGACAAUUAAAGGCUUAUACAACAAUGACAUUAGUGACGGGGCUAAAUUCUACAGUUCCUCUCGGUACCAAGAUGAAAUGUGUACCAGUGCGACUCUACUGUACCUCUUGACGAAUGACGCCACCUACCUAACUGAAGCCGAGGCUGCUUAUAAUGAGUAUGCCAGCGAUAGCGCCCCCUGGGCUUUUGACUGGGACGAUAAAACUGCUUUGUGCCAGGUCCUUCUAUAUGUAGCUACGCAAAAACCUGUUUAUAAAUCCAGAACCGAGAAAUUUGUGACGUCAUACAUGCCUGGUGGCUCCCUGCCCUAUACGAAUUGUGGCCUAGCCUUUCGGUUGGAAUGGGGCUCACUGCGAUAUUCUGCAAAUGCCGCUUUCAUCUCGCUUCUAGCAGCACAAAAUGGUAUUGGAAAUGUUGACUCUUACAAGACAUGGGCAAUGUCACAGAUUCACUACAUGGUCGGCGAUAAUAACCGAGACUUUAGUUACUUAAUAGGCUAUGGAUCAAGUUAUCCCUUAAAGCCACAUCAUAGUGGAAGUUCCUGUUCUCCUGCGCCUGCGCCCUGUGACUGGAGUACAUACGGAAGCAGCGACCCUAAUCCCAACGUCCUCAGGGGCGCCCUGGUAGGCGGGCCAGACAUAAAUGAUAAUUACGUUGAUGACAGAAAUAAUUUUAAAACAAAUGAGGUCACAUGUGACUACAAUGCCGGCUUUCAGUCAGCCGUAGCAGGAUUGCUCCAUUUUGCGUUGAAUGGAAACCUCCCGACGUACAUUUUAGCAAUUUUGAUGGCUUUCUGGGCAGGAAUAAGUCAGGCACGAAGAACAAGUGCACCGGUAAACACAGCACACAAUUACAGCUUCAUUCUCCAUGAAUCUAUUUUAUUCUACGAAGCCCAGCAGGCUGGUUAUCUGACAAAUAACAGGAUUUCUUGGAGGAAAAAUGCUACUUUAUUGGACAGAGGUAUUAACGGAGAGGACCUAACCGGCGGAUGGUAUGACGCUGGUGACCUUGUGAACUUUAACCUCCCUAUGGCGGGUUCCACCACAAAUCUUGCCCUUGGUUUACUUUACUGGAAAGACGCCUAUCAACAAGCUGGGGAGCUUGACAAUAUGUACAACUCAAUCAAAUGGUCAUUGGACUACUUUCUAAAAUGUUGGAAUUCCAAUAAACAAAUUUAUUAUGCACAGGUUGGUAAUGGUGAACAGGACCAUUCUCUUUGGAGACGAGCAGAAGAAAUAACCACCGCCAGACCCGUCUAUUAUUUGGAUAGCAACAAAAAAGGAAGUGACGUUGUAGGAGAGACGGUAGCAGCCAUGGCCGCUGGGGCUAUGGUCUUUAAAGAUAAAGAUGCAGCAUAUUCUCAAAAACUUCGCUCCAGUGCCGAGAGUUUGUACAGUUUCUCUAAGAAAAUUAAAGGCGUAUACAACGAUGACAUUAGUGACGGGGCUAAAUUCUACAAGUCCACUAUAUAUCAAGAUGAAAUGUGUACCAGUGCAACUUUACUCUACCUGUUGACGAAUGACGCCACCUAUCUAACUGAGGCCGAGGCUGCUUAUAAUGAGUAUGCUAGCGAUAUAGCUCCCUGGGCUUUUGACUGGGACGAUAAAACCGCUCUGUGCCAAGUCCUCCUAUAUGUAACCACCAAAAAACCUAUAUACAAAUCUAGGACCGAGGCAUUUGUGACGUCAUACAUGCCGGGUGGCUCCCUGAACUAUACUAAUUGUGGCCUAGCUUUUAGGUUGGAGUGGGGGUCACUACGAUACUCUGCAAAUGCCGCUUUCAUCUCGCUUCUAGCAGCACAAAAUGGCAUUGGAAAUGCUGACUCUUACAAGACAUGGGCAAUGUCACAGAUUCACUACAUGGUCGGCGAUAACAACAAAAACUUUAGUUAUUUUAUAGGUUAUGGAUCAAGUUACCCCUUAAAGCCACAUCACCGUGAUAGUUCCUGUUCUCCUGCGCCUGCGCCCUGUGACUGGAGUACAUUUGGAAGCAGCAACCCAAAUCCCAACGUCCUCAGGGGUGCCCUGGUAGGCGGGCCAGACGAAAAUGAUAAUUAUGUUGACGACAGAGCUAAUUUUAAAACAAACGAGGUCACAUGUGACUACAAUGCAGGCUUUCAGUCAGCCAUAGCAGACCAAGUAUAG